AUGAAAAUUAUUUUUUAUUUUAAAAGGGGCGAAUAUUUAUUAUUAUUAGCCUUUUUUCAGCGAUUUUUCGUUAGUGAUUAUGAUCCAACAAUUGAAGAUUCUUAUAUGAAACAAUGUUAUGUCGAUGAUGAUAUUUGUAAACUUGAAGUUUUGGAUACAGCAGGUCAAGAAGAGUUUAGUACAAUGCGAGAGCAAUAUCUAAGAUCCGGCAGUGGAUUUCUCCUUGUUUUUUCUGUUGUCGACCGAAAUAGUGUGGAAGAUGUUAUUCGACUUCAUAAAAUGAUAUUACGAGUGAAGGACCGCGAUGAAUUUCCUAUGUUGCUAGUUGGAAAUAAAGCAGAUCUCGAAAAUGAACGACAUGUACGUGAACAAUUAGCGAAAAGGUUACAUUUGCCGUAUGUUGAAUGUUCAGCGAAGCGUAGAAUGAAUGUUGAUGAGGCAUUUCACGAUCUGGUAAGAUUAAUAAGGUUGCAAGAACGGCAGCCAAUGGAUGGUGUUGAUACAGUUUCAUCUCGAUAUUCAAAAAAGAAAAAGAACUGUAGAAUACAAUAA